AGCCGCAGCGGCCGGGCCGGCGCGGCGGGGCAAGCGGAGCCGGCGCGGGCGCCCGACGACGCCGGACCGCGGCGGGGGCCGGCGGGGCCGCAGGGGACACCAGCAAGAUGAGGCGCUUCCUGAGGUCGGGACACGACCCCACGAGGGAGAGACUCAAGCAGGACCUUUUCCAGUUCAACAAGACGGUGGAGCACGGCUUCCCACACCAGCCCAGCGCCCUCGGCUACAGCCCGUCCCUGCGCCUGCUGGCCAUCGGCACCCGCUCGGGGGCAGUCAAGCUCUAUGGUGCCCCAGGGGUGGAGUUCAUGGGGCUGCACCGUGAGAACAACGCGGUGGUGCAGAUCCACUUCUUGCCCGGCCAGUGCCAGCUGGUGACCCUCCUGGAUGACAACAGCCUGCACCUGUGGAGCCUGACGCUCAGGGCCGGGGUGUCGGAGCUGCAGGAAGACGAGUGCUUCAUCCUGCGGGGGACCCCCGGGGCCGCGCCCAGCGCCACGCAGAUCACCGUGGUCCUGCCGCACUCCUCGCGGAAGCUGCUCUACCUGGGCACGGAGAGCGGCACCGUGUUCGUGGUGCAGGUGCCAGCCUUCCGCACGCUGGAGCAGCGGAGCGUGGGCCCGGACGCCGUGCUGCAGUGGCUGCCCGAGGAGUCGCGGCAGCGGCGGGGGUUCGAGAUGGUGGAGGCGCUGCAGGAGCACCCCCGGGACCCCAACCAGAUCCUCAUCGGCUACAGCCGGGGCCUCAUCGUCAUCUGGGACCUGGAGGCGCGGCGCGUGCUCUCCCAUUACCUCAGCAGCCAGCAACUGGAGAACGUGAGCUGGCAGCGGGACGGCCGGCUCAUCGUCAGCUGCCACUCGGACGGCAGCUACUGCCAGUGGCCCGUGGCCCCGGACGCCCCGUCCCCGGAGCCCCUGCGCAGCUCUGUGCCUUACGGGCCCUUCCCGUGCAAAGCUAUCACCAAAAUCUUCUGGCUGACCACCCAGCAGGGGUUACCCUUCACCAUCUUCCAGGGCGGCAUGCCUCGGGCCAGCUACGGGGACCGCCACUGCAUCUCCGUGUUCCACCACGGCGAGCAGACCGCCUUCGACUUCACCUCCCGCGUCAUCGACUUCACCGUCCUGGGCGAGGCCGACCCCACGGCAGCCUUUGAUGACCCCUUUGCCCUGGUGGUGCUGGCCGAGGAGGAGCUGGUGGUGAUCGACCUGCAGACACCUGGUUGGCCGUCGGUGCAGCCCCCCUACCUGGCCUCCCUGCACUGCUCUGCCAUCACCUGCUCCCACCACGUGUCCAACAUCCCCCUGAAGCUGUGGGAGCGAGUCAUCGCGGCCGGCGCCCGGCAGAACACACACUUCUCCAGCAUGGAGUGGCCCAUUGAUGGAGGCACCAGCCUGGCCCCGACCCCGCCCCAGCGGGAUCUGUUGCUCACCGGGCACGAGGACGGCACCGUGCGCUUCUGGGACGCCUCGGGGGUCUGCCUGCGGCUGCUGUACAAGCUGAGCACUGUGCGGGUGUUCCUCACGGACAGCGAGCCCGGAGACAGCCUCCCCGCGCCCGGCGAGGACGAGUGGCCCCCGCUCCGCAAGGUGGGCUCCUUCGACCCCUACAGUGACGACCCCCGGCUGGGCAUCCAGAAGAUCUUCCUGUGCAAGUACAGCGGCUACCUGGCUGUGGCCGGUACAGCGGGGCAGGUGCUGGUGCUGGAGCUGAACGACGAGGCGGCCGAGCAGGCGGUGGAGCAGGUGGAGGCCGACCUGCUCCGGGACCAGGAGGGCUACCGCUGGAAGGGCCACGAGCGGCUGUGCGCGCGCCCGGGGCCCGUGCGCUUCGAGCCGGGCUUCCAGCCCUUCGUGCUGCUGCAGUGCCAGCCGCCGGCCGUGGUCACCUCGCUGGCCCUGCACUCCGAGUGGCGCCUCGUGGCCUUCGGCACCAGCCACGGCUUCGGCCUCUUCGACCACCAGCAGCGGCGGCAGGUGUUUGUCAAGUGCACGCUGCACCCCAGCGACCAGCUGGCCAUGGAGGGCCCGCUGUCCCGCGUGAAGUCCCUCAAGAAGUCCCUGCGCCAGUCCUUCCGCCGCAUCCGCCGAAGCCGCGUGUCCAGCCGGAAGCGGCGCCCAGCGGGGGCCCCGGGAGAGCUGUCCGAGGGCGGCGGCCGCACCGAGCGCACGGGCCUGCAGAACAUGGAGCUGGCGCCGGUGCAGCGCAAGAUCGAGGCCCGCUCGGCCGAGGACUCCUUCACCGGCUUCGUCCGCACCCUCUACUUUGCCGACACCUACCUGAGGGACAGCUCCCGCCACUGCCCCUCGCUGUGGGCCGGCACCAACGGGGGCACCGUCUACGCCUUCGCCCUGCGCGUGCCCCCUGCCGAUCGCAGGAUGGACGAGCCAGUGCGGGCAGAGCAGGCCAAGGAGAUCCAGCUCAUGCACCGCGCGCCCGUGGUGGGCAUCCUGGUGCUGGACGGGCGCAGCGUGCCCCUGCCUGAGCCCCUGGAGGUGGCCCACGACCUGUCGAAGAGCCCCGACAUGCAGGGCAGCCACCAGCUGCUCGUGGUGUCCGAGGAGCAGUUCAAGGUGUUCACGCUGCCCAAGGUGAGCGCAAAGCUGAAGCUGAAGCUCACGGCGCUGGAGGGCUCCCGCGUGCGGCGCGUCGGCGCGGCCCACUUCGGCAGCUGCCGCGCCCAGGACUACGGCGAGCACCACCUGGCCGUCCUGACCAACCUGGGCGACGUGCAGGUGGUCUCGCUGCCCCUGCUCCGGCCGCAGGUGCGCUACAGCUGCAUCCGCCGCGAGGACGUCAGCGGCAUCGCCUCCUGCGUCUUCACCAAAUACGGCCAAGGCUUCUACCUCAUCUCGCCCUCGGAGUUCGAGCGCUUCUCCCUCUCCACCAAGUGGCUGGUUGAGCCCCGGUGCCUGGUGGAGCCGGCGGAGACCAAGAAUCCAGGCCGCCCCCGCAACGCCGCAGGCCCCGACAGGGCCUCGGGCCCGGCCAGGGACCCGGGGAGCCAGAGCGACUGUGACGCACGGCGGCCGGGCCCCACAAUGGAGCGCGCCCUGCUCAGUGACGAGAGGGUCCUGAAGGAGAUCCAGAGCACGCUGGAGGGAGACCGGGGGAGUUGCGGAGACUGGCGCUCUCAGAGAAUCGCCGUGGGGUACCGCCUCAGCAACGGGGGAGCUGAGUGAGCGGACGCGGCGUUCUGCACACACACUACUGGCCAGCUCCGGGCGCGGCGCCCACAGCGCCCGGAAGGCCCGGGCCCCACCGGGACGCCCCACGCUCUGGGCCGUGCCAGGGGCUGGGGGCCCCUGGCUUGCACCCUGCUGCUACACCUGGCCUCGGGGGGGGGGAAGGAGGGACCCCGGCCCCGUCCGUUUUCCCCUCGUCAAUGUUGCACACUUUUUAACCCCAUCCCCCCUUUUGUAGCGGGCUGGAUUUUAAAUUAUAAACUGUAACUGCCUCUGGGUGGAAG